CAGUUUAUUUACUUGCAGAUCACAACCAAAUGAACUACUCGAUGUCAUUAUAAAGCCAAGCGAAUCGUCAAUAGCAUUGGAUCAACAAAAGGUGGAGCAGUACAUUAAAGCAAUGUCUUUAAAUGACAACAAAAAGGAAAACAACAAGGAACUGACUACUAUGUGGAUGUAUGCCACUCAUCUCGGCACCUUCUCACCUCCACAGAAAACGGGGCGUCAGCUUACGGCCGCAUCACGUUCCAUUAUGCUCAUACCAGCCACAGUUAACGGCAAUGGGGUACUGCCUCCCUCACCUCCCAGCCGCGAGGCUAGCAUGCUGCUGCCGGUUCCACCCCCACAUUAUAGAGGUAUGACACUGCCCUACAUGAGACCGUCUGUACUCUAUGCCCAUCCGGUUAGUUUAACGGGCAGCUAUCGCGCCAAUAAGAGCACCAAGCCGCAAAAGUUGAAUGGGCAACGACUACGUGGUCGUGCUAUUGAUAACUCCGAGACAGAUGUGUUGAGUGGUGCUCCAAAUUUUCAAUAUACCGGCGUGGAUCGAGCAAUAGCUGAAAGUUUCCUGGAACGCCAGGAGCAAUCGCAAGUCAACAGCCACUUUGACUACUCCUCAUCAACCUCCUCAAUGCGCAGCGAUGUCUACAGACAGAAGGCCGCUUCCAGCUUCUAUACUCCAAGCAAAGCAAAAAUUGUUUGCCGCGAUGUGGGGAUUUAGAUCCACCAG